GUUUCAAAGAAACAUUGAAAGGAGCAUGUUCAACGAAGAAUUUGAUUAUUUUCCAGAUCACCAACGUGCUAUGCGUUUUGAAAAGCCUUUGCAUGGACCAAGCCGUGGCCCACCAGCACCACCUCAUAUUAGACCUACUUUGGGAAUAAGAAGAAGGUUGAUGCCUGAGAGUGGGCCACCUCCUCCUAAUUUUAGAGGUCCUCGUGAACCAAUGUUUGAUAAUGAAUAUACUCAACCGCAUGGAAUGCCACCUAUAGCCAUGUCUGGUUCUCAAAAUGUAAAUAGGGGACCUCCUGGUCCACAUUUUAGUAGUGGAUCACCUCAGCAUAUAGGAGGAGGUCAGUUCAAUUCUCCUCGUCAGCCUCAGCCAGGAAAAGCUCCAUUUCCGAGACCACCAAUGAUUCCACCUUUUGCUGUACCUCCUCCGGGUUUUCCUGGAUCUGGAGUUCCCCAGAGUCGAAGUCCUCAAACAGAUAAUCAUACAACACAAGCUGCUGCUUCAAAUAAUCCUAAUAUAUCUAAUAUAGACCUCAGCGGAGAACUUUGGGUUGAGACUAAAACGGCUGAAGGAAAGCUGUAUUACUAUAAUGCUAGAACUCGUGAGUCUGCUUGGACAAAACCUGAAAAUGUAAAAAUUUUAAACCAAGAACAAAUUGAAGCCAUGGCUGCAGCAGCAGCUACAAGUUCUGAUUCUGUUUCAAGUCAAAAAAAUGAAGCUCAGAAAUCUAACUCUCAAAUGAGCACUGCGGGACCUACUCCUAAUCAGUACUCCUUUGUUCCAGUUGGUCCUAUGCCUGGAAUGGGCCCAAUUCCAGCAUCUGGUAUGGGUAUGCUUCCACCGCCAGCAUUUGGAAUGCCUCCACCACCUUUUGCAAUGCCUCCACCAGGUUUGAUUACUGCUCCAGGGUAUCCACCUUUUGGUAUUCCACCACCAGGUUUUCCUGCAGUUGCUAUGGGAAUUCCUACUCAAGCACCAAGUGUGUCUACAGCAGAUACUUCUACUAUUGUUCCUUCUAGCAUUUCUGAAAGUAGAAAUAAUAUAGAUGAUACUGCACCAUCUAAUGAUAUAAAAAGCAAAACAGAAGAUUGGGCUGAGUAUAAAGCUAGUGAUGGGAGAAUAUACUAUUACAACAAACUAACAUCACAAUCUACAUGGGAAAAGCCUCAAGUUCUGAUUGAUGCUGAAAAUCUUGAAGAUGUAAAGCCAGUAACUACUGAAUCUUCAAAUUCAGACGUUUCAAAUGAAGUUGUUGCAGAUUCUGGAGCUACUGCUAUGGAAGUUGAUGAACCUUCUGAAGUAAAAAAUGAUGUUGAAGAAUCUGAAAAAGAAGCACAGACUGUCGUUAAGGUAGAAAUUGUUGAAAAUGGAACUGAUGUAGAUGGGGAAAAGCAAGUGACUGAUGAUUCUUCUAUUCAACGGGAAGAAAAAGAACAAUCUGAUAGUGAACCAGUACCAGAAACACCUCCAAAACCAGUUGACAAAACGCGUCCUGUUUCAAGCACUCCAAUUCCUGGGACUCCUUGGUGUGUUGUGUGGACUGGUGAUAAUAGAGUAUUUUUCUUUAACCCUAGUUCAAGAUCAUCAGUCUGGGAGAAACCCGAUGAACUGAAAGGCCGAACAGAUGUUGAAAAAUUAAUUCAGGUUCCACCAUCAGGUCAAGUAGAAUCUGCUAAGGAAACUGAGAAAUUUGAAAGUGAGUCUACACCAGAUGCCAAAAAAAUAAAACUUGAAGAAACCGAAGAAGAAGAAAAACCCAAAGUAAAACCGGAAACUGAACAGGUGGUAGUAAAAAACAGUAUUACACCAGGUAAAGAAUCAGCCAUUGAAGCUGAGUUACGAGCUGCAAAAGAGCGUGCCCAUAUUCCUUUAGACAUACGAAUGAAACAGUUUCGAGAUAUGUUAGUGGAGAAAGACGUGUCAGCUUUUUCCACAUGGGAAAAGGAAUUGCACAAAAUAGUAUUUGAUCCUCGUUAUCUACUGUUAACUUCAAGGGAACGGAAACAGGUGUUUGAACGCUAUGUUAAAGAAAGAGCUGAAGAAGAAAGAAAUGAAAAAAGAAAAAGGAUGCGUGAGCGUAAGGAAGACUUUCGUAAACUCCUGGAAGAAGCUUCAUUAACUACUAAAUCAACGUUUAGUGAUUUUGCUCAACGAUAUGGUAAAGAUGAGCGUUUCAAAAUGAUUGAAAAAAUGAGGGAGCGAGAGUGUAUAUUUAAUGAUUACCAGCAAGACCUUCGUCGGAAAGAGAGAGAUGAGAGGUCCUGUCAAAGAGAAAAAGUUAAGAAAGAUUUUAUUGAGCUUUUAAAAGAACAGAAAGGAUUGGAUAAGCACAGUAGGUGGAGUGAUGUGAAGAAAACUAUUUCUGAUGAUAUUCGUUAUAAAGGGGUUGAUAGCAGCUCUUUACGGGAGGAAUGGUUCAAAGAUUAUUCAAGUAAAUUGUCUCGGGAUGAAGAUGAUGCAUCUAGGGAACGUGAGAAACAGGAAAGAGUUGAAGCUAGUAUUCGUGAGCGAGAAAAAGAAGUUCAACGUACCUUGUCCACUCAUUUAAGAGAACGUGACAAAGAAAGAGAAUUGCAUAAGCAUGAUGAAGCUGUGCAACACUUUAAGGCAUUGUUGACUGACUUGGUUCGUACUCCAGAUGUAUCUUGGCAUGAUGUGAAGAAAACUUUAAGAAAAGAUCAUAGGUGGGAAAUAGUUGGGUGUUUAGAACGAGAUGAAAGGGAAAGAGUUUUUGAUGAACAUAUUAGUUUUCUUUAUCGGAAAAAGAAAGAAAAGUUUCGAGAGCUUCUUGAUGAAACUCCAGAUAUUACAUUAACAUCAUCUUGGAAGGAGAUAAAAAAAUUAAUAAAAGAUGAUCCUAGAUGUUCAAAGUUUUCCUCCAGUGAUAGAAAGUGUGAAAAGGAAUUUAAGGAAUAUUUAAAAGAUAAAAUGGUUGCUGCUAAAGCAGAUUUUAGAGAACUUCUCAAAGAAACUAAAAUUAUUACUUACAAAUCUCGAAAACUGAUUGAAGAGAGUGAUCAUCUUCUUGAUAUAGAGAAAGUCUUGCAGAAUGAUAAACGCUAUUUAGUUUUACAAUGCAUAGAAGAUGAACGACGUGAACUUUUGAUGUCAUACAUUGAUACUUUAGAUAGAAAGGGUCCACCUCCACCACCAACAGCUUCAGAACCAUCAAGACGUUCCACAAAGUAAUCUUGCCAUUUGUAUCAUCUUUGAUGUCCAGACGUUAAACAUUUUACUUCAUACAAUUCUUUUGGCACAUGUGGAAUGUAUUUGAAGAUUUCUGAAAAUGGUUUUUAAAGACUACUUUAAUGAAAAGUUCUUUAGAAAUACUCAUGGUUUUUUUUUUUUUUAAUUCUAGCCUUUUUUUUAAUUAAAUAUUUAAUGAAUUUGAACUUUGUGAUAAUGUCAAGUUUUAAACUAUUAUCCAUAUAAAAUUAAAUAAUCAAAAGUUUAGAUUAAUUACCAAGUAAUUGUUUGUUGUUUGUUUGUUUCGGACGAAACUUUUUUUAUCUGAAUCUUAAUAUUUGAUUUGAUGUUUCCGCUCAAAUUCUAAUGAAACCUUCCCACAGUUUCUAUAAUAAAUGAUUCUUAUUAACAUUUACAGAUAACAAGCAUCAUUAACACAAAGUAUCACAUCUUCAUGAAUCUGCUGUACAUUGACAACUUGAAUUAAUCAAAAUUUUAUAGUUUAAAAAUUAAAACUGCUGAAAUUUAUCAAGGUUUUCAGAAAUAAAUUUAUCAGAAUUUUGUUACAGUUCCUCAGUCUGUUCAAAAGCUUUUAGUGGGUUCUUAAAAUAAUGAGGUUGCAGUUUUAAUAGGCUAUCAUAUCUCCAUAUUACUAGAUAUAAGUAUUUUUGAUGCUAGAACAAAUUUUUUUUAAUACUCAGGUGCUUUAGUUCAGCAUGAAAUUAGACUUGAAACUAAACAAAAUGACUCUUGCUGUUCCACCAUGAUAUAAUUAAGAUAGCUGUGGUUUCAAAUUUUUUUAAUACUUGGCCAUUUUAACAGAAUUAUGUAAAAUC